AGUGAAUGGUCGUUUUCGGUCCAAACUCGCUUCGUCGUUUGUUUAAAUAACAAAAAUAAAAAAUUCAGAAUAAAUAUCUUGUUUUGUAACUCAAUUAAAUAAUAGCAUUUAACAUCAAAAGAGCGACGAAAACAUUUUACGACUCUUCUAAUGAAUAAUUGAAUUCGUGUUGCGAGCAUAAUAUACAACAGGUUUAGGAGGAGACGAAGAAGAAGCAAAAAUGUCAAAUUCAGACGUGGAAUAUCAAGUGAAUUUCGUGCAAAAUGAAGUGUUGCAGAAGAUAAUUGCACGUAACGAUCAGAUGCGAAAUUUGAAGCUAAUUGACGUGUUUGUGUCACCGAGCACCGAUCUCAAUGGUUUCAUGUCGAACAUUCAUCAGGUGAAGCUCGCGUUCGAGGAUAAGGUUAACAAAAAUAAAACCACAUACCGGAUAAUCGUAAAACUCAUGAAAGCCAACAUCGAACAAAGGGAAGCUGCCAACGCUACUGUUCAAUUCGAAAACGAAUGUUACAUGUACGAAACUGUAUUGCCGGCAUUCGCCAAAGAGUUUGAGCAUAAUUUGCGAACAUUUUCUCCGGAGGAUUGGACUGCGCGAAUUUAUCUCUCCGAAAGCGGGCAUUACGAAGCACUUGGAUCUCACAAAAAGGAAGUCAUAUUAGCCAUUGAGGAUUUACGCCCCGAUGGAUAUCGCAUGGGACCAAAAAUCUUCUUUGACAAGCAACAUUUGGAAAUGAUGACGAAAUCCAUAGCGCAGUAUCAUGCCUUUAGUUAUGCGAUGAAAAUAGCGCAUCCGGAAAAGUUUGAGAGACUCAAACAUGGAAUUAUCCCGUUGCCAUUCGACAAUCACAAAGACAAAAAGGGAACGAUGAACAAGAUGUAUCAUGUCGGAUUGGAAAGAGUUUAUCAUUAUGCCGAAAGCGAACCAAAGUACGCGGAAAAUCACGCCUUUGUGAAACACAUUCAUCAUAUAAAGAAGAAAAUAGGACAUAAAGUAAUGAAAUUCAUGGAACGUUUCCGCCAUAAUGAAGAACCUUUCGCGGUAAUUCUUCACGGUGAUUAUAACCGAAACAAUUUAGUGUUCCGCUAUGAUGAAACCACAGUAGAUGACGAGCAGAUUCCAACAGGAAUGAAAAUGCUCGAUUUUCAGGCAGUUCGUUAUGCGAGUCCUGCACUCGAUUUGGCAUUUUUCAUGUACAUGAAUCUCCCUCCUGAGCUUCGUCGUGAAGGAUAUUUCCACGAACUUCUUGAAUUUUAUCAUUCGCAACUCAUGGCAGCUCUAACAGAACUUUUGGCAUGUCCUCGAACUGAUCAUCGCUUGGAAAAUCUUUCAUUCGACAAAUUUCUCGCUCAUUUCCGUAAAUAUGCGUUUUAUGGCGUAAUUGUGACAAUUCAUUUCUAUCCAUGGAUGGCUGCGACGCCAGACGAAUUAAUUUCGCUCUAUGUCAAUUUCGAGAAAGACAUGAAUGGGAAAGAGUUCAAGGAAGCCCGCAUGAAAUGCGGAGGUCCCAAAGUUGAUGAAUUCCUGAUGGAAAUGAUCGAACAUGCCAUUGAGAAUGGUUACCUGAAACCCAUUGAAGAUUAGUAAUGAGAUGCCAAAGCGUGAGAAAAGCCAUUACGUGCCAUUGUUAUUGUUGGAAGUGUUUAUUUGUUUACAUUUAAUACCUAGAUAGACGUUUAUUCAGCAAAAAAGAUAAAGUUUAUUUUAAGAAUAGGCAGAUGUGAAGGCCAUUUAGAGUGAUGAGAAACAAUUUGAAUUAGCAGAAAAAAAAACAAAGUUAAUUAACGAGUUUUGUUUAAAUUUUACCUUUAUACUUUGUUGGAGUUAUUUUUAGCUUCGUGCACAGUUUUGACGACAAUUUUGUGAAAAUAAAUGAAAAAUGUAAUGAGUUGAAUCAAAAAUUUUUAAAUGGUGCGGAAUAUUUUUAAUGUUUUUGUAGAAAUUUCAUAAAAAAAUAGAAAAUUUUUAUCAAAUGUAGUUUAAA